UAAGAAGAAUGGGGCAAGUAGAUGGAUUAGGGAGGACACAGAUUGAUUGGUCACGUAUGUCUGUUUACGGAACGAAUCAUGCGCAACAAUGUAUGGGUGCAGAUGUGCAGGGGCAAAGGAGGGUUCAAAUUCAACAAUGGGGUCCUUGUUAUUGGCUUGACGAGAGUGUUCCUUGCUGCGAUGGUGCUUUCCUCCCCUGUUUGUUCUUGCAGGCUCGAAUUAAGAAAAUCAUGCAGGCAGAUGAUGAAGUGGGCAAAAUUGCACAGGCGACGCCUGUCCUCAUAUCUAAAGCCAUGGAGCUGUUCCUUCAAGACCUGUGCAACAGAACGUACCAGAUUACUGCAGCCAGAGGAGCAAAGACCAUUGGGAUUAGCCAUUUGAAAGCGUGUGUAAUGUCCAACGGUGUCUAUGACUUUCUUCGUGAUAUUGUAUCACAAGCUCCUGAUGCGGGAGCAGAAGCGAGCAUGGACGACAAGGGUUUUGCUGCUGUUCGAAGACCCUGUGAGUUACAAAGUGAAGAUAGUGGCAGUGAGAAGGAAGAUGUGAAACGGCUUAGGACUUUCCGCUUCUCCUUCUCCAUGUUGGCAGCGGGUGAAACACUCUUCUUUGCGGUUUCUGCAUUGUUUGGUGUGUGGUUCAAUUGUACUUCUGCUUUUCCAUCUCACUGGUGGGUAGCGGGCGACGAGCUGACUGCUGAUAUGAUCUUGUUGUCCGAUCAGGACUCGAUGGCAGGCCAAGGUAGAGGUCGGGGAAGAGGUCGAGGGAGACAUUCGCGCAGUCAGCCUGAAAAUGGGCAAGUCAUGGUAUCAUGUGAUGGAAAGUCUGUGGGCUUUGAGUACAGGCAACAGACGGCAAAUGGCAGAACGUCGCCGAUGAUAGAUAUGACGGCAAGUCACACGCCUGUGAAUAUGAAAUUGAGAGAAACGGAUGGUGGAAUCGCGAUCAGCCAGACGGCUCCAAGGCUUGUCCCUGCUCUGUAUGUGGACACUACCGGCAGCGGGUCCUCGUAUUGCUUAUCCGAUCCGUUCUUUGCGAAUGAAUUCCGUGAAGAUUCGCAGAAACUGGUGGGUAGUCUCCCGUCUGAUCGCCUACAGGGUAGUGGGCUCACUUGUGGUAGUUAUAGUGAUGGUUUUCACCUCCCUCCUCAGCGACUUGUCGGGAGUCUUCCUGCUGGAAGAUCACAGUCUUGUUUGAGUGAUAGGUUUGAACAAGAGUGGUUCAAGAAUAGAAGUGACAGCACAGCGAAUUGGUUCACCCCGUCGGAGCAAGCAAUGCAGCUGCAAACGAGUUCGAGAAUGGUUUUGUCUGCCGUCCCGGCAGAGCGAUUUGGUGGACGGGCGACGCCGUUGAAUCGUCGUUCGACAGAGCUGCAUGGAGCUAGUCUAGUGUUCGACAGGUUUGGAGAUGGAGGUUGCAGUGGUAGUGGUGAGGUGGGAACUAGACAGGGACAGGUAAUUUCAAGGUCAGUGGGGAAUUCAGUUUACAUGGUGAAUGCAAAUGCCACAGCUGCAAAUGUGACAGCUGACGCAAAUGCUGACAGCGGCCGAUUGGAUUUAAGUCGGGCAAAUGCUUCAGGUGCGUCCUGUGAGCUGGCGUCCUCCGCAAGACUAAAGAGGGAACCAAAAGAUUUUGAUCUCAAUAUGGAUGUCGAUAAGGUAGGUUUGGCAGGGCUGGACAGCAAUGUGGUGCUGCCGCAAUUUAGCGGAGAGAUUUGGGGAAGAAGUGUUAUGGGACACAUCCAAGGCUUGCAGGCCCACCAAGGGGAGAGCAGAGGGGGAUUAAUUUCUUCUUCGAUGAAGAUGGAGGGUCAACGGGAUAUGCCAGUCCCAAACUAUAACACUGGCAAGUGGGAUGAUGAGGAGGACUACGAUAACUAUGAUGAAGAUGAGAAGCAUUGAUGAGGUUCAGGUUAUGUUUCGAAGGCUCUCUCUCUCCCCCUUGCUCCAUUUUUCCAUUGGCCCUCCGUCCUGUCUCUCACCCGUCUCUUCCCCUCCCUUUGUGCAAUGCCCUCCGCCUUCGACAUCAUGUACUAUUAGUGUCCCCUUGUGAACUCGUCUCCCUCAUAUGUGUGCUUCCAUUCCAAGCAAUUGGAGGAUCUCUCUCUCUCUCUCUCUCUCUCUCUCUCUCUCUCUCUCUCUCUCUCACACACACACACACACACACACACACACCCACCCACCCACACACACACACACACACACACACACACACAAACACACACACACACACACACACACACACACACACAUCUUGUCACUGCUCUCCUCUGUUGCUGUUUAUGUAUGCAUAUCCCUUGCCUACAGGCAUCAUCCGCCGACCCCAUUUUACUUUUUCCUUGAAAGUGUCGUUUCCAAUUCACUC